AUGGGAAUUCCUCGACUUCACUCGAACGACACCCCAAGCAACGAGGAAAGGUCCGAAGCAAAGGCGAGGAGACGGUCGUUGAUGACAAAGAAGCAAAGAACGCCACGAACCAGAAGUGUCUCGAUGAAGAGGAGGACAGUUCGAGAACGUUCUAGAAGACUCGUCGUCAACCCCAUCGAAAAGAAGGUGAAAACCCUGAAAAGGUUGAUUCCCAGAAACGAUUCAACGGGGUUGGAGGGGCUCUUUAGGGAUACAGCUGAAUAUAUAUUGGCUCUGCAGAUGAGGGUCGAAGUCAUGCAGAUUAUGGUUAACGUUUUGACAGGUUCUUCUGACGAGUGA